UCCAGCACUUUGCUUGUUUUGUUUCUUCAGCAAAAUUUUGCAAAACACUCAGCAAAUAUAUAUUUCCUUUAAAGGAAAAAAAAUUCAACUUUUUUUGGUUUAAAAUAAAAAUAAAAAUAAAAAUCGUGGAUUACUAGGUUUUUUCGUAAUUGACGGUAACCUUGUUUCAAAGUUUUAAAAUUUAUUUGUCUUUUCUUGAUCUUGUCAAGUUUUUAAAGAAAUUCUCAGUUUUUUUCUAUUAGUUCACGCACAAAAGAAAAAAAAAAUUUGAUUCAAGAAAUACCCAAUUUGUGUUUUGAUUUGAGUAGUUUGAAAGGAAAAUGAGUUUUAGCUUUAAGCAAUCAGGUUUAGCUACAUGCAUGAAUGUUACAAAUUCUGGGUUUCAUAAAAGAUUAAUUUCAACAAUUUGUAGCAGAUCUUCGUUUUCACCAUGUUUGAACCUUCAAAAUCCGGAAAGAAGAAAUCUUUCAGUGUCAAAACCAUUGCAUAUUUCAUCGAUUGAGAAAAUUAAUGAGAAAAAAACAGUGUUUGAAUGCAAGGCUUAUGAAGCUGACAAGUCACAACCUAUUGAAGUUGAAGUGAAAUCAGAAGCUGCAAAAAGGUUGAAAAUUGGGAUUUAUUUUGCAACUUGGUGGGCUUUGAAUGUCGUUUUCAAUAUAUAUAACAAGAAGGUUUUGAAUGCUUACCCUUACCCAUGGUUGACUUCAACUUUGUCCCUUGCUUGUGGUUCUUUGAUGAUGUUAAUUUCAUGGGCUACGAGGAUUGCUGAGACCCCAAAAACAGAUUUUGAGUUUUGGAAGACUUUGUUUCCGGUUGCUGUAGCACAUACCAUUGGACAUGUAGCAGCAACCGUGAGUAUGUCGAAGGUUGCAGUUUCGUUCACCCACAUCAUCAAAAGUGGUGAACCGGCUUUCUCUGUCUUGGUUUCGAGGUUCUUGCUUGGAGAGACCUUUCCUCCAUCGGUUUAUUUGUCCCUUGUUCCGAUCAUCGGUGGUUGUGCUCUUGCCGCUGUAACCGAACUCAACUUCAAUAUGACUGGUUUUAUGGGAGCUAUGAUAUCGAACUUUGCAUUUGUCUUACGUAACAUAUUCUCGAAAAAGGGGAUGAAGGGGAAAUCCGUUAGCGGGAUGAACUACUACGCGUGUCUAUCUUUGUUGUCUCUCUUAAUUCUUACACCUUUCGCCGUUGCCGUAGAGGGACCACAGAUGUGGGCAGCAGGAUGGCAAAAGGCCUUAUCGGAAAUAGGACCACAGUUUGUCUGGUGGGUAGCAGCGCAAAGUAUCUUCUAUCAUCUCUACAAUCAAGUCUCAUACAUGUCCCUUGAUGAGAUCUCUCCCUUGACAUUUAGCGUUGGGAACACCAUGAAACGUAUAUCCGUUAUAGUCUCCUCAAUCAUCAUCUUCCACACGCCGGUACAGCCCAUCAAUGCUCUCGGAGCUGCAAUCGCGAUCCUCGGAACCUUCUUGUAUUCCCAGGCAAAAGCGUGAGGAAAAUCAGGGUUUUGAGAAUUUUGAUUCAUCAUGUACCAUAGAUGAUGAAAAAAAGAGCAAAUAUCAUCUGGAAGAAGUUACCUCAGAUGAGACCAUGUUUUAAUGUCUUUUUCUUUAGUAUUGGAUUGAUGCUGGAUUUUGGUCAUAGUGUAGAUAUAUAUAUAUAUAUAUAUAUAAUAAUGAUGAUUAUAAACAAUGUCAUACAAGGAUUAAUGUUGUGAACCUUUUGUCUUUGUCAGCUAAAAUGAAUAAAGAGCAAAGAGAACAUUGUUGCAA